UUUUGUGUCGCUGCUGAAGAACGGGCCCGAGUUCGGGGCGAAGUUGCCGCCCGAACCUCGCCUUCCUUUCCCCCGGGGUCCUGGCCGGGACCGCGCGCUUUGUAACCUCCUCGUUGUUCUGUUUCCUAAGCGGUUCCCGGUCCCGGGGGCUUGCUGUUGGACUCACAAGCCCGCAGCCUCCAUCCCUCGGUCAGGCCCGACGUGGAGUAGACGGCGGCGUGCCCGUUUCUGGCUCGGAUAGGCCAGGGGCCCUGAACCGAGGCGGCCUCGUUGCAGCACCACCUGCAUGGUGUGUAACUUUCUCCACCUUAAAAUCCAUUGAUGUGAGCAGAAGGAGACUCGAGAGACUGCAGAUGUUGGAAUCAAGCAAAAAACAAACUGCUGGAGGAACUCGGCGAUCAGGCAGCAUCCAUGAAGAGAAAAGAACAGGCAACAUUUCUGGAAUCAGAAUGACUAAUGAAGAACCUCUGCCAAAGAAGGUUCGCUUAAGUGAAUCAGACUUCAAGACUCUGUCCCGAGAUGAGUUAUGUUCCAGGUGGAAACAACAAGAAGUCUAUGUACAUGCAUUAGAGACUAAGUGCUCAGAGCUCAGCUCAAAUGAUGUAAGCGGAUUAAGAGAGUCAGAAGAAAAACUAAAACAGCAGCAACAUGAGUCAGCCCGAAGGGAGAACAUCCUACUUAUGAGGCUAGCUACAAAAGAACAUGAAAUGCAGGAGUGUACGAACCAGAUUCAAUAUCUCAAGCAAGUCCAACUGCCCAGUGCUGCUCAACUCCGAAGCACCUUGGUUGACCCUUCCAUUAACUUGUUUUUCCUUAAAAUGAAGACUGAACUGGAACAGACUAAAGACAAACUGGAACAAGCUCAAAAUGAACUGAGUGCCUGGAAGUUUACACCUGAUAGCCAAACGGGAAAAAAGCUGAUGGCCAAGUGUCGGAUGUUAAUUCAGGAAAACCAGGAACUAGGGAGACAGCUGUCCCAGGGAAGGAUUGCACAGCUGGAAGCUGAAUUGGCUCUUCAGAAGAAGUACAGUGAGGAGCUAAAAAGCAGCCAAGAUGAGCUGAAUGAUUUCAUUAUCCAGUUGGAUGAGGAGGUAGAAGGGAUGCAAAGUACGAUCAUGGUUCUGCAGCAGCAACUGAAGGAGGCACGCCAGCAGUUGGCUCAGCUUCAAGGACAACAGCAGCAUCACCAGGUGCUAUCCCCUGGCACCUGCAGGACUCCAGUCCUUGAGCCUUCUGCACAGGUGGAGACCAUUAGCAAAGACUGCAACCGAAUCGUCAAUGGACCAACCAAUGGUGAUUCAUCCCCGCAAGGGAGAGCAGCGGCUGCUUACCAAGACAAGACUAAUCUCUACCGAGAAGGAAGCAGCACGGAGGAUGAUUUCCCAUCAUCUCCGGGGAGUGGGAAUAAACUUUCAAACCACAGUGAAGAAAGGCUGGACCGAGCAGGCAGCAGUAGCAUGUAUCAGCUAGGUCCUGGAUAUGAGAGUGUAGACUCCCCUACUGGUAGUGAGAACUCUCUUACACAGCACUCAAAUGACACAGACUCCAUCAAUGACCCUCAGGAAGAUAAACCACUUCUUGUGAAAGGUACUAGAACUAUGGGUUCCCGCCAUGUUCAGAAUGGGUUGGACUCAGUCAGCACACAGGGGUCAGUUUUGUAACAUUUAACGGGCUUUGUCUGCAGUCUUUUUUAUAUAGUGUCAUUUCAUUUGGCUGACAGCUGUCCGGUGACUGAUAAAGGUAGUGUGUAACUUCUGUUAAAAGUUCAGCCUUUUUGUGUUUUGCUUUCUUGUAAAACUGUUGCUACUGUUUAAUUUUUUUUUAAAGCAUCAUAAUUGCGUUGGCUGUUGCUGAAACGAUGUUGAUACAUGUAGACCCGAGUUAUUUUUUUAUAUGAUUUAAUCUGAAUAAAAUGUAUUAUAACAACUUUAACAUGGGGAGAAAUUGUGUAAAACUGGGACUGGUACAUCUAGAAGUCCAGUGGAAUGUUAUUGACAUUUUACCCCACCCCAUUAUACAGUCCUGCAACAAGAAAAAGUUGCACCACAAAUGUGUGUGAUGAUUAUGUUAGCUUGCCAAAUGCAGUAGUUACUUUUCCAAAGGAAGUUUGGGUGUUGUACUUGGCAUAUUCAGGUUUGGGAAGUCUUGUGUAGUUUGUAUGAACUACACUGACAUUUUACACCAUCCAUAUGUGUGCAUUAUCCCCAGUGACAUGGCUGUGCUUAAAAAAAAUUAGUGUAUAUUGUUACCCAGUUUCUAGGCAAGAGUUGUUUCCUGUGUAAUGCAUAUUCUGUGAAAUCCCCAGAAAUCCCUCACCUGUACUGACCAAACUUAAUAAAGUCUUUUAAUAGCCUA